UUUCCCUUCGCAAGCUUCUGCAGAAGAAGGAACUAGAACCCUACACCCUAGUCAUUCUCACUGCUUUCUUCUGUAUUAACACUCCGCCAAACACUUUCAGUGCGUAAUUCGAGAGGUUGAUUGUUCAGAUCGGCAACAGAAUGGCGGCUAUGCUUCAACCGCAAAUCAUAUUGCUAAAGGAAGGGACAGAUACUUCUCAAGGGAAGGCACAGUUAGUAAGCAACAUAAAUGCAUGUAUGGCUGUGGCAGAUGUAGUGAGGACUACCCUUGGUCCAAGGGGUAUGGACAAGUUGAUCCACGAUGAUAAGGGAAACACUACUAUCUCGAAUGAUGGUGCUACCAUAAUGAAGCUUUUGGACAUUGUUCACCCUGCUGCAAAAAUACUUGUUGAUAUUGCCAAAUCUCAGGAUUCUGAGGUUGGGGAUGGAACAACUACAGUUGUUCUGCUUGCAGGAGAGUUUCUGAAGGAAGCCAAGCCUUUUAUUGAAGAUGGAGUGCACCCUCAAAAUCUGAUUCGCAGUUUCCGAACUGCUUGCAAUUUGGCUACUGAGAAAGUGAAAGAAUUGGCUAUUAGCAUAGAGGGAAAGAGCAUGGAUGAAAAGAAAAAUCUGCUAGCUAAAUGUGCUGCGACAACAUUAUCAUCAAAACUCAUUGGUGGGGAGAAGGAGUUUUUUGCAUCCAUGGUUGUUGAUGCUGUUAUUGCAAUUGGAAAUGAAGACAGGCUGAAUAUGAUUGGAAUCAAGAAGGUUCCUGGAGGUACUAUGCGGGAUUCAUUCCUUGUAAAUGGUGUUGCCUUCAAGAAGACAUUUUCGUAUGCUGGUUUUGAACAACAGCCUAAGAAGUUUGUAAAUCCCAAGAUACUUUUACUCAACAUAGAGUUGGAACUGAAAUCAGAGAAAGAAAAUGCAGAGAUAAGGCUUUCCGAUCCAUCACAGUAUCAAUCAAUAGUUGAUGCAGAGUGGAAUAUCAUUUAUGACAAGUUGGAUAAAUGUGUCAAGAGUGGGGCUAAAGUUGUUUUGUCUCGACUUGCUAUUGGUGAUCUGGCUACACAGUAUUUUGCAGAUCGGGAUAUAUUCUGUGCUGGCCGUGUUACUGAGGAGGAUCUGCAGAGGGUGGCAGCUGCUACUGGUGGAACAGUACAGACAACUGUGAACAACGUUAUUGAUGAGGUUCUUGGAUCAUGUGAGACAUUUGAGGAGAGGCAAGUAGGAAAUGAGCGGUUCAACAUAUUUAGUGGAUGCCCAUCUGGCAAGACUGCUACCAUUGUUCUUCGUGGUGGAGCUGAUCAGUUCAUUGAAGAAGCUGAGAGAAGUUUGCACGACGCAAUUAUGAUUGUUAGAAGAGCUAUGAAAAACUCUACUGUUGUUGCUGGUGGUGGCGCGAUAGAUAUGGAGAUUAGCCGUUAUUUAAGGCAGCAUGCACGCACAAUAAAAGGGAAAUCUCAACUCUUUAUAAACUCAUAUGCCAAAGCCCUUGAGAUUAUUCCACGCCAACUGUGUGACAAUGCUGGUUUUGAUGCAACUGAUGUGUUGAACAAACUUAGACAAAAACAUGCCCUCCAAUCAGGUGAGGGUGCACCUUAUGGAGUGGAUAUCAAUACCGGUGGAAUAGCCGAUUCUUUUGCUAAUUUUGUGUGGGAACCAUCUGUUGUGAAGAUAAAUGCCAUAAACGCAGCUACCGAAGCAGCUUGCCUUAUCCUAAGUGUGGAUGAAACAGUGAAGAACCCCAAGUCUGAGAGUGCCCAGGGAGAAGCUGCAGGUGGCAUGGGCGGCAGAGGGCGUGGAUUUGCACCCCGUGGUCGUGGUAUGCGGAGGCGAUAAGUUUUUGUUGUUUGAAGCAUCUCUUGUCAGCUAAUUAUCUCUACUUCUCCACCUAAUUUUUACAAUUUCCCCUGAUUUUCUGUUUCAAGAAAACAAAAGUUAAAUACUAUAGAAAAUGGAGAGGAUUUGAGUUGGCUCAUUUCAUGGUGUGAUUGUAUGUUAAUGUUCAGGAAUUGGCACUUAUUAUUGGUCCACUGGAUCAGAAUUUUUGACA